GCAUUCCCUUUAUUCACGCCGCAUUCACUCCCAACACUUUCUCCCCUGUUGUGUUGCCUUGCUCCAAAGUCCAACCAGACAAACGCCUCUGACACACUUCACUUCACCUGCACCAUUUCUUCCCUCAUCUCCCAUUUUUCAAUUCGAGUCCUCCCUUGGCUGCCUCUGUAGCCUGCACGACUUAGAGAGAUGUCUGAGCUGUGCUUGUCUAGACCGUCCAGGACUCACCUCUCUAGUCUCCUCCUAUCCAACUUCUUCCUCUUUUGUUCUUUCAUCGCCUCCCACCCUCUCUACUUCACUUACCUCAUCUUCUUCUCACCCUACCUUCUUAAGCUCCUCUCCUUUCUUUCCCCUCUCUUCAUUACCACCUCCCUCCUGCUCCUUGCCCUCCUCACAGCCUCUCCUUGUCUCAUAGUAAGUGGCAGCUUCUCCAAGGAAUCAUCCGAUUCCCAUGCCGAAAGCAAGGGGAGUUUCCUGACUGCUGCAUAUCAUGCAGUUGUAGAAAGGCUGAGGUCCAAAAUUGAUGAUCACAAUGAGGAGGAACUUCUUUGUCUGGAGGACUUUGAGGUGUUCAAGAUUGUGUUUGGCAAUCCCACGACCCAGGAUGAUAAAGAAAGCCAAGUUGAAGGCUUUGAUGCGGAAGUACUAGUUGAGGAUACUUCUCUUAAAGCUUCAAAUGCUCCGGUUAUUGCUGCAUGUGUUGGACAUCAAGAUUUCGGCGUAACCUCAAACGAAGCAUUAAUGGCAAGUAAAUUGGAAUCAGAGUCAGAGGCCUUUGUUGAAUCGGAAAGUACCUGUGAUGCAAUGGAGUGCUUCCUGCAAGAAGUAGAUGAGUCUGAGAACGUGAAAGUGAAUGCAACUGUGGAAAAGAAGAAAAUCGAGCCACCCUGCACGGUGGCCAAUAAAGCAGUUGACAAUCAUGGAGAAAAGUCACCAAUGAGAAAUGGAUCCGAGGCAGCAGGUAAUAAAAUAAGACACGCUACUACUAAUACUACUAAUUCAGCUGAGGUUGGUAAAGGCAACGGGAUCAUGGAGUCCAAGUCAAAGCUACUAAAAGCGCAUUCUCAUAGUGUUGGCGCCAGUGCUGAUUACACUAACGACAAGUGUAUCUGGAAAAUACAGAAGAGUUCUCCAUCCCUGGAUUACAAUCUUGGGGGCUAUGGAUCAAUGAGGAAGGGGAAGGAUUGGAAAAGGACAUUGGCGUGCAAGCUUUUCGAGGAGAGAAACAAUGCGGAUGAAGGUGAAGGGAUGGAUUUAUUGUGGGAGACGUACGAGGUGGAAUCGACUAAGAGCAAGGCAAAGAGCAAGAGCAAGAAGAAGAGUCACAAGAAGAAAAAUGAAAGCAAGCAUCGUGAAUGCGAAGAUAUGAGCUGCGAUGGGCACGAUGAGGAGGAGGAGGAGUCAGAGGGGCAGUUUUGUUGCUUGCAAGCCCUUAAGUUGUCAGCAGGAAGGGUGAAUUUGGGAAUGGCAAGGCCUAAUCUUGUUAAGAUCUCUAAAGCCAUUAAAGGAAUUGGGUGGCUGCAUAAUCUGAGCAGGCAUAGCAAGAAGGUGCACAGUGGAGACAGAUUCUAAUUUACUUCAUACACUGACACUAGUCGUUAAUUGGUGGUAGCAGCGAGAUUGUACUACUAUUUAGUUUCUUUGAAUAUUUAUUUCUUGCUAGUAUAUAAUAUAGUUUGUAUCUUUUAGCGCCCAUGCCAAUUGUUAAUAAGAAAAUCUUGUGCUCUAUAAUUUCUUCAAGUUAUGGAUGAAAAAGCAGCAGAU